AUGGGUCGAAUCGUAGCGCUGCGGGCCAAGCUGGCAAGCCACGAAGCUUCAGUGCAGCCAUACUCACUUGUGCUGGACUCAAAUGGCAACUUCGGCAUUCCUGCCCUCAGGAACUUCAUGCGUUUAAUUACCCGACAUUGCACCCUCUACACGGAGAUGAUCGUUGACUCCACCAUACUGCACAACACGCACCACGUGGAAGAAUAUCUUGGUACGACACGCAAUGCUGUUUCCUCUUUCCCUUGCCCUUCAUUUCGUUAUUUGCUUCAUGAAGUUGUGAAGCAAUAUGUGGCUCAAUGCAGCGAUGUCGAAAGGACGUCUGUAUGCGUGCGGCGUUCGCAUGUAGGCUUCGAUGAAAUUGAGCACCCCAUUGUUUGCCAACUCGAGGCAGCUACAUGGGCCGAGAGGGCCGGAUACGACGAACUCAAUCUUAACGCAGGGUGUCCGAGCUGCCGAGUUGUGACCAAGGGCUGUUUCGGCGCUGCGUUGAUGAAAACGCCUGAGAAAGUGCGGGACAUCGUACAUGAAAUAAAGAGGCGGGUGCAGAUUCCCAUCACUGUCAAAUGCCGUUUGGGGGUUGACCACUUGGACACUCCAGAAUUCACUCGCAACUUCGUUAACGGGGUAGACCCGAAGAAGAACCGCUCCGUCCCACCAUUGCUUUAUGGGAGGGUGUUUGAGCUGUGUGACGCUUUCCCCGACCUUCGCUUUUCUCUAAACGGGGGAGUGACAACUCUGGAGUUGGCGGAGAAGUUGUUGAGUGGGGAAUGGAGGAAAACGGAGGAAGCAGGAACAGCGCAUCCUCGUAGCCGGGGAAUUGAGGCUGCAGACGGCCUGCAAUUCUCAAAGCUGCAUGGGGCCUACUUGGACUACCUGGAGCACUACGAAACAAGCGCUGCGAAACGAAAAAAUCCUUUUGUUUUAUUGAAGCCGGUGCUCGGAGUGUUGAGCGGCAUGCCAGGGCAAAGGCACUUCAGACAUGCACUUGACACCAAAAUACGUACCUCAGCUCCGGACCAGACAGCAGUGGAGGCGCUGCUCCACGCCAUGGAUGCCAUAGACGAAAUCUUCCCGGGGGUUCUCGAUUACCCAUUGAGUAUGGGGAAGAACCCGCGAUACGAAGAAAUUAGUUCAGUAGAAAUUGGGUGGCGCUCUUCUGAUGAUUGA